CUUCCAGCACAACUCUGCCCGGCGAGGCAUCAGGUGCCAGGCUCUCUCUCUCUCUCUCUCAGAGUGCCGCCGAGCCUCUCAUUCACUCAGUGGUUGACGUGAUGUGUGGCGGGAAGGAGCACGUAGCCAGUCUCCUGGCCCAAGUGGUGAAGCGUGGCGUGAAUCCCGCUAAACUAGCCAGACUUCCCGCCUAUCAGACGCUCCUUCAGAGAAGAUCCAUUCUGCUGGACGAUAAUGGGAACGGUGCUCCAAAGAAAGGAAAACUGGCCGAUAAAAGAGUUACAAGAGGGCGUUGUGGUAGAAUUACAAGAACGCAUGGAGUGAUAUACGGGUCGGUUAUCGCGCUGAUAGGCAUAACCUUCGCCCUUAUCAAUUAUUAUGAAUUAAACACGCACCACGGAUUCGCGAAAUUCUGGUUCCGCUGGGAGAACGUUGACUUGACUGUGGAACAGUGCACCAUCGAGAUGCCAACCUCAGUCCAGGAUAUAUUCCGCCCCCCAGUGGAGUGCGGGAUGUGUCGCCAGGUGGCUCACGUGGAAAGAGUACAGACAAUCACGCCAGCGGAGUUUGAAAAAAAGUACGCCUACAGCGGGCGACCGGUGGUGGUGACGGACGGCCAGAGGAACUGGACGGCGCCUCAGUCGUUCUCCUUUGAGUUCUUCAAGUCGAUCUAUGCCGACGAUUCCCCCGUCCUGGAGAACUUCGAGCGCGACUGCCAGUUCUUCCCGUACCAGACAGAAUUCAGGAAUCUUAGACACGUCUUCAACAUGUCACACGAGAGGGCUAAUAUGCUCGGGGAGCCCUGGUACAUUGGAUGGAGCAACUGCGACUCCUCGGCAGCAAACAUCCUUCGAGGGCAUUAUGAGCGUCCUUACUUCCUGCCUCAGUCUGCCGAAUCCUCUAAGACAGAUUGGAUAUUUAUUGGCACUCCCGGUUACGGCGCCCAUCUGCACAUCGACCACGUAGGGAACCCCUCCUGGCAAGCGCAGAUCAGAGGAAGGAAAUUAUGGACCCUGGAACCUCCGCCUGAGUGUUACUUCCACUGUGUUCCAAUGGAAGUCAUCGUGGAACCUGGAGAAAUCAUUGUCUUGGACACGAACAUCUGGUACCACAAGACUCUGAUAGUGUCUAAGGACCUCAGCAUAACUAUUGGCUCCGAAUAUGACUAAAAUCAACAUUGAGGAGACCAAGGAAUAUACUACAGCAUUUACACCUUGAACACUUUUACGAAAGUAACCUAGUUGUCGCCGCUCGCAGCCACGAAGGGAACAGAAUGGAAAGAGGAAGACAAGGAAAAGUCAUCGAUGAAACGAGAGACAAGACUGAAGAUUUUCAGUAAAGGGCAAAAGAGAGGUUCUUGGUUGUACAGAGAGAGGCAUUUGAGUAUUUGAGUGAUUUGUCGAAGACUUGAAAUGCCUAAACGAAGAGAAGCAUUGCAAUAAUAUUUUCGUUAGCUUUGUAUUUAUAUCCUCUUCGUCUUGAUCAUUUCCUCUUUUGGUAUGAUUAUUGCGGUACUAUAAGCCGCUGAUAUUGUGAGGAAAUCACAGUAUCGAAGAUCAAUCAGUGUCAAUGCUCGCUGUCGUUAUACAUACACAUAUAAUUUAUGUAUAGUCUAUACAUACAC